AUGGCUUUCUUGUUCAAGCGAAAUCCAAAAACACCACUGGAACUAGUUAGAGCGUUAAACGAUCAGCUAGCCAAAUUAGAUUAUAAAGAUGCAAUUCAGGAUGCGUCAAGUUUCAAAAAGUACCAGGAUGAAGCAGCAAGGCACUUGAAACAUGUCAAGUUAACAAUAUACGGCGACGAUGAAACUGAGCCCCAACCAGAUCAGAAACAAUACAUUUUGCACGAAAUAUUACUGACAAACUGUCUAUACUUGUUGACCACCACACUUUCGAAACUUGACUUUGAUUCCCGCAAAGAUGUUGCAAAAGUUUUUCUGGUCUUGUUACGACGAAAUGGAUAUCUGAGUCUGAAAAUUUUGCCUACUACUCCGCCACCAGUUGUUGAUUACCUCCUACAUACCCAACCAGCAAUUCUAAUUUGCCUUGUAAGAGGACCAGAAACACCCGAGAUUGGGUUGAUAUCGGGUCAAAUACUACGAGACUGUAUCAAGUUUGAGUCGAUCAACAAGUUUGUUCUUUACAGUCCUGAGUUUUGGAAUUUUUUCAAGUAUGUGCAAAACCCUACUUUUGAAAUUGCUUGUGAUGCUAUGAUGACCUUGAAUGAUCUCUUGACUGUUCAUAAAAAAAUGGUUGCCGAUUUUCUAGCAAACAACUAUGAUGUUUUCAUGGCCAACAUCAACAACCUUAUAAAGUCAAACAAUUAUGUGACAAAGAGACAAAGUGUUAAAUUGUUAAAUGAUUUAGUCUCACAAAAGGUUAACCUCUUGUUUUUGAACAAGUAUUUUGCUGACACAAAGAAUCUCAAAUACACGAUGAUGUUAUUGAGUGAGAAACUGAAAAACUUGCAAUUGGAAGGAUUCCAUUUGUUAAAGUUCUUCAUAGCUAACCCAAAGAGGACGACAAAAGUUAACGAGACAUUGAUCAAAAACAAAUUGAAUUUUAUAGAGUUUUUUAAAACUUUUGACAUUGCCAGCUUUCACGAUUCAAGCUUAAAUGAAGAAAGAAACUAUGUUGUUAAGGAAAUCGAAGAGCUCCCAGACAAAGUAAGCUAA